AUGGACGAAGCCAAGGAUAACAUAGACACCUUUACAUUUAAUGGAACUUUUGAGAAUACUUUUAUAUAUUUUUCUGUAUUGCAGCCCAAUUGCUUAAUUUUGGCCAUUACUUCAGCAAAUCAAGAUAUAGCAACAUCAGAUGCCAUCAAGGUUUCCAGACAAGUUGACCCUGCAGGGGAAAGAACGUUCGGUGUGUUGACAAAGCUUGAUUUGAUGGACAAAGGAACAAAUGCUCUCGAUGUCCUUGAGGGAAGAUCUUAUCAACUUAAAAACCCUUGGGUUGGAGUUGUAAACCGUUCUCAGGCAGAUAUUAAUAGGAAUGUGGAUAUGAUUGCUGCUCGGCAGCAGGAGCAUUCAUUUUUCACUACCAGUCCUGAUUACUCACACUUGGUCAGCCAAAUGGGCUCGGAAUAUCUAGCAAGGAUUCUCUCAAAGCAUUUAGAGUCUGUGAUAAGAACUCGGCUUCCAGGAAUUGCAUCUUUAAUUAAUAGAAACAUUGAUGAGCUUGAAGCAGAGUUGGCACACCUUGGUAGACCAGUUGCUGUUGAUGCUGGGGCACAGCUGUACACUAUUCUAGAAUUAUGCCGUGAUUUUGAACGAGUAUUUAAGGAGCAUUUAGAUGGAGGGAGGCCAGGUGGAGAUCGAAUUUACGUGGUUUUUGAUUAUCAGCUUCCUGCUGCAUUGAGAAAGCUUCCACUGGACCGUCAUUUGUCGUUGCAAAAUGUGAAAAAAGUUAUUUCAGAGGCAGAUGGGUAUCAACCUCAUCUAAUCGCUCCAGAGCAAGGUUACCGACGCCUUCUGGAGAGCUCACUUCAUUAUUUCAAAGGUCCUGCACAAGCUUCUGUGGAUGCUGUUCACUUCGUAUUGAAGCAACUCGUGAGAAAGUCAAUUGCAGAAACGCAGGAAUUGAAGCGCUUUCCAACUCUUCAAGCUGAAAUAGCAGAAGCAGCUAAUGAGGCGUUAGAGAGAUUCCGUGAAGACGGUAAGAAGACAACGUUACGGCUGGUGGAAAUGGAAUCUUCCUAUAUCACUGUCGAUUUCUUCCGGAAGCUCCCUCAGGAAGUUGACAAGGGAAAGAAUCCAGCUUCCUCCUUGUUAGUUGAUCGGUAUGCCGAGGAACACUUCCAGAGGAUCGGUUCAAAUGUUUCAUCUUAUGUUGGGAUGGUGUCACAAACAUUGAGGAAUACCAUUCCAAAGGCUGUGGUUCAUUGUCAAGUGAGGGAGGCUAAGCGAUCUUUAUUAGACCGUUUUUAUGCACAACUGGGCAAAAAGGAGGAAAGACAACUCGCAUGGUUGUUGGGAGAAGAUUCUGUGUUGAGGGAAAGGAGACAGCAGUGUGCCCAGAGGCUGGAGUUAUAUAGGUCAGCAAGGGAUGAGAUUGAAGCAGUUUGUUGGUCGGGAUAAAAUGAAUCUUGAAUUAAUAUACGAAGGACCUUUUAAUGGGAAAAGAAUGAGAAUGGAGUUAAUUGAGCUUGUUAUAAUUUGCAGCAACAGUUCCAUUUGUUGAUUUUUUCUGCUUAACCUGAUGUCUGAUUCAGAGCUAAUACGUGGGUAAUAUAACAAGUUAAUUCUU